AGAAAUACAUCAAUGUUGACAUCUUCGGGAAAUGUGGGAAUCUCUCUUGCCCUCGCUCUCAGUUUGACCAAUGCCAAGACAUGCUGAAGACGUACAGAUUCUACCUGUCCUUAGAGAACUCUUUCUGCCAGGACUACGUGUCGGAAAAACUCCUCCUGCUCUAUAAACAGCGCAAUCACACGAUCCCCGUAGUCAGAGGAGGCUUUGAUUAUGACCGCAACCUUCCUCCAGACACCGUGAUCAACGCCGCUCAUUUCAGAUCGGCCCGGGAACUAGGGGUUUACCUGAAGGAGCUGGGUUCCAAUCCCGAUCGUUACGCCAAGGUGCUGAAGGAAGUAGACAAGCUGACUGGGUUGGGUCACUUCAUCGACUGGUGCGACAUCUGUGAGAAAAUUAACACCGUCACCGCGAGCAAGAAGAUCCCAGACAUCAAGGCCUGGUCACAUGAAGGGAAAUGCCAUCCGCCGAAAGAUGUCUAGUACACACAUAACAAAAGUCUGAUUCCAUUCUUCUGAAACUAGAUGGUUUUUGUUCACUUGAGAAGAACUUCAAAUAUAAAAGCUUGGUUAUUCAUUUAAUCGAUUCAAAGAAAGGUAUAUUUAAUCUCAGGAAGGGAUUUCGAGUAUUAUUUAUCAUUGAGCAAACUGCACA